CGGCUCCCAGCAACAGGUGGUCCCCGCCGCUGAUGUCACUGCUGGCCACAACAAACAGGGACAGAGCAGUCACAGUGGCCAUGACAGAGAUCUAAAGAACAACCUUUAAAAAAGCCAGACGGGACAUUAUUCUGUGUGGAAUAACCUGCAAACUUCACACUCCUUCAGCUCUAUUAGGAGCUCCACAUGCAUCCUCCCCGGCAGACGCCCCUCAGUCCUUUCCACAGAGAAACACAGAGGUUCUUCAGGCCAACGACACAAAGAAGAUGGGGCGCACUUCAUGUCUGUAUUGCAUGGAACAUUUACUACCAUAAACAACUUAAGGAAAAGCAACAGAUCCCCAAAAGUCUUCAUCCAGAGUUAUUUCCUGAGUGUUCUCUUCCAACUGUACCUGAUUCAGUGCAACCUACAGAAUCUCCCCAACCUCCCCUCUCAUCUUUCGGAGUGAAACUGGAAACUUGACAUCAAACAUGACGAAAAACAGAAGUCAUCCCUCCUCAUCCACAUCUUGUGACGGUCAAGUAUCUCCGUCGGAGGAAGUGGGCCGACCGGUAAAGCGGCUCUGGAGGGAGAAACUGGACGAGAGAGAAAAAGACACAAGCAAACAAAGGUAUUUGACCAGGGAUUUCCCUGUUAUGGACAAAUCCUGGCAUCCAAAGACGAUCCCAGGCCCUGACGGAGGACAGAGUGGCUCACUGUGCAGGAAGAGGCGGCUGGAGUGUGACAGCCUACUUCAAGCGAAGAGGGUGAAGAAGGACUACAAAGACUACCCGAGGGAUUUACACUCUGAAUCCCCUUCGUUAGUCAGGCCCCAUCCAUCCUCACAUUCUGUGCGAAUGCGAAACAACAGAAGCUCGAGUAGCUGCGUUUCCUUUCCGGACGGCCGCAGGUGCAUCGUCUCUCAUCCGUGCUCUGAGCUGCAUCCCUACCAGACGCCGUCCAGAGAGCCCAACAGGUCAAGUGGGCUCGGUUUCUGUUUUGUACGACAGGCCCCUAAAGGCUAUCUGUGCAACUCUUUUUCUGCGUUCCACACCGCGCCCCCUUACUUCCCUUUCGGGCCGAGGCAGCAGGAGACGGUUGACCACAGGCCGACGCAGAGCCUCCCGCUGGGUUUAUCACCGCUGCAGAUGGCGGCCUCCUCGUCCUGGCCCUCUGCCAACAUCCUAUCAGGAACCGGAGAGUUUCUACAGUCUGCCUGAUAAGACAAAAACAGACGAGCAGACUCCCCAGACCGCCGUUUUUAGGCCCCCGUCUGAUCAUCCCCAGACGUUACACUUGCUUAGGUACUCUGCAGCUUGAAUUCAGAUUUUUAUGAAGCGUGUAGAAUUUAACAGGUAUGUCUUCCACCUACAACCGAUUAUUUAAAAA